CACUCGGGGCCCCCCGGAAUGCUCGUCGCCUCCUAUGCCCAGUUCUGCUCCUCCAGCGGGUGCAACGGGGCCAACAGCAGCAGUGUCCUGUUGGAUGCCAUCCCCCGUCCAGCUCCCCCUGUCCCAGGAGACCUGCAGUGUCCUGCCUGUGUUGAGUUGUUUGGAUCCUGCUCACGAAACUCAGAAAAUGUUACCUGCCCCAAGGGCACCAUUGGUUGUUACCGUGGUUCCAUUGAUCUCAGGGGAGGUGAGCUGUCCUCCUCAUUCAAGCUUCAGGGUUGCAUGGCCCAACCUUCCGGAUAUCUGUUGAACCAUGUCCGCAAUAUUGGGGUCUUCUCCGUGUUUGAGACCUCUUGGUAUAAGAAUGAGACUGAGAAAGAGAAGGAGAAUGAGAAACAUAAUGAGAAUGAGAAACAGAAUGAGAAGGAGCAUCACUUUCCCCCCCAAGCUGGAGCUGCCCCUUCCUCCUACACGGCUUUGGUGGCACUGGGGCUAUCCUUAGCCCUUUG